AAUCUUUUUUCAAUCUUCUCUUUCUCAACCUUCUCCUCCAAACACCCAAAAAACUAGAAGCAGCAGUCGGUGUAGAAACUGAAAUUCUAGGGUUUCCAAAAAAUCUCUUCCGAAAAUGUCCUCCACUUUUAGCGGUGACGAAACUGCCCCUUUCUUCGGCUUCCUCGGCGCUGCAGCGGCCCUCGUCUUCUCCUGCAUGGGGGCCGCCUACGGUACGGCGAAGAGCGGCGUCGGCGUCGCGUCGAUGGGCGUGAUGCGACCAGAGCUCGUGAUGAAAUCGAUCGUGCCCGUUGUUAUGGCUGGGGUUCUUGGAAUCUACGGUCUGAUCAUUGCUGUGAUCAUAAGCACUGGGAUCAAUCCUAAGGCGAAGUCGUAUUAUCUUUUCGACGGAUACGCCCACCUGUCAUCUGGCCUUGCCUGUGGCCUCGCUGGAUUGUCAGCUGGAAUGGCGAUCGGGAUCGUUGGUGAUGCCGGAGUCCGGGCCAAUGCACAGCAGCCGAAGCUGUUUGUGGGCAUGAUUCUUAUUCUCAUCUUUGCCGAAGCGCUUGCCCUUUAUGGUCUUAUUGUAGGCAUCAUCCUCUCAUCUCGAGCAGGCCAAUCUCGAGCUGACUAAGAAAUGCCAAGUCAUCAAUCAUCUUCCUGGAAUCUCGUGGCAUGUCUCUAUGUAGAACAUUGAGCACAAUUGAAUUAAGUUUAUGUUUUACUUGUCUGAUUCUAUUUGUGAUUGAAUUGAAGACUUGUAUGUGGGGGAGUCUGAUUCUGUUUGCUAUUUCUUCCCUUUAAUGACAUUUUUCUA